AUGGCUCCAUUUCGAGGGGGUUCCGCAAGAAGACAAUCUGGUAGGAAGCGCCAGAAGAGACCAGGACGACAUAGCCGCCUAAAGCGCGUGGGAUUGGGUUUCUCGUCUUCUGGAACAAUCAGAGGAACUGGUGAUCCUGAAUACGAGUCGCGAUUGUCUGUUAUACAAGGUACGCGCGAUUUGGGCCACAUUGACACUACUUAUGGUGAUGUUCAGCAGAUAGCGUAUCAGCGCCAGAUGGUCGCUACGCCGCCUCGGGGACGAAUCGAGAUUCCCCGGUCAUAUCGUUCUGAUCUUCAUACUGUGUUAUCAUUGAGACUUUUGGCAAGUCGGAAGCUAGCUUCAAUGGCAUCUUCCAUACGACCAAGCCAUUUGAGUGCGGCUCCCAGUUGGCACCUAUGGAAACCUGUCUGGGAUACCAUUUGCUAUAAUGAUCUGGACUCUUUUAUCCUUUUCCAAACUUUUGCCAACCAAUUCGGAUCAAAGAGUGAUUUUCGCCCUCAUUGGGAUUGGGAUCUCAACUAUGAACGUUUCGAAAGGUGCAUUGAAUUACGACGAGCCAUAGAUGGGCUCAGUUGGAAGGUGCGACUUGAAACGCUUUUUUCAAACAGUCUAGCCAGUUUUCUGGUAGAUCCACCAAAUAUUUUUCAAUCUUUGUGUCUUCUGGAUCUUAGCAAUAUGACGAUUGACAGACACGCGCUUAUAUCUCUGACGCAAAUUGAUCUAACUGUGUUGGAUGUGUCUGGAGUCUUAUCGGUGGACGAUGGAGUUGUCAAGUCAUGGAUAACAGCCAUUGGGUCCGGAAAAUGGUCCCAUCUCUCCAUGGUUGAUGUCUCUUUUACCCGAGUGGGUCAGGAAGGUCUUUUGGCGCUUCUACGUACUCGUGGAAUGGUGCGAGUAUUCAGCUCUGUUGACGAGGAAGGAACCAAGGAACGAAUUCGUCGUGAAUCUAACCUUUCAAGUUUUCUUCAGUUUUUGCCUUGUUCCGAUCCCGGGAUCAUUCUUGACUUCAAAUUCGUGGACUUGGAGCUGAAAUCUGCCCUCAAUCGUUCAGAACUUCGAAACCUGUGGAAAGACUCUGCUAAACCGCGCGCUAGAUGUUGGAGCUAUGAACCACAGAAGGUUGAGAUUUUGAGGCCUAAACAGAAGCCAAAACCGCUUGCAUCUACGCUCACUUCUCAAAAAAGGAGGAUCGUUGGAAACGCCUCAACGUUCUUUGAGCUAUAG